CACAAUUUCUCAUAUUGUUCAGGUCAGAGUUCUUCCAUUUCAUAUCUGUUGAAUUUUUGGUGGUAAAAAGAGGGGAGAGAGGACUUGGAAGAAAAGGAGAGACAGGCGGAGUUCCCUCUUUUGGUGAGCUCUCACUUCUUUUCAUUUGCUGCCACUGUGUUGCAGCUUUGACACUACAACUCCAAGAAUACCUUUAACUUAUUUCCGAUCUCUGGAGGAGUAAGAAACUGCUGCAAAACACAGUAAAACUCUAUUCAGAUUGCAUAUCUUCAUUGCUUCAACAAUUGCUCUAUCUGGCAAUCUGCUGCCUGAACCAUUCUCAAAUACAGUGGAAAAAAUGCACAAAGCGGUAAAGCAGUUGGAUGAUGCAUACCUCAAAUCAGCUCUUGCCUACAUGGAGAAAGUGCCUUCAAAACAAAUGGUUUCACCGGCAGAAAAUAACCUCCUAUGCCUUAACCUUUUUAUCAUCAGCUGGUGGAGGUUACCCAUCCAUGAUGCAGAUUUUGGGUGGGGUCGUCCGAUUUUCAUGGGAAGGGCAACAAUAGGUGAAGGAAUGUCCUAUAUAUUACCGAGUCCAAUGGAUGAUGGUAGUUUGAAAUUGAAAAUAGGCUUGGAGACCUCUCACAUGAAGCUCUUUCAGAAGCUUAUUUGUAACUAAUGAUCCCUCAUGGCUUCCUAACCAUGAGGAUGCAUUGUCUAAGUAGAAAAGAUUCUCUACAAGAAACUAUGUUGCAGCAAAUAACCAUAUUAUCCUUGC